ACCGACAGCGUCUAUGCUUUUUAUGGCCUCACCAGGCCCCGCCCAAAGCCACACCCCCUUUUGGUGUCUUUAGAUGAUAUUAACAGCACCAAGCGGCCGCCCAUUUCUACAUGGCAACGCAAUAAACCUGACCCGAACUAUGCGUACUCUACCAAGCACUUGCUUUACCAGCGUUCCUGCAAUGCUAAGAAAACCAACUCUCCUUCCGCCACCCUGCCCACCUCCCCUUCUGCUCGGGCAUUGCCGUUGGCCAGGGAGAAGGGCAAGAGUUGUGGGAGCGGGGUAGUGGGCAGCUGGUUGUUUCCACCUCGGCGUCUGAAGGGAAGGACGGCGGUUAGCGAACUCAACAUUACGUAUGUGGUGGAACGCAGCCUGUAUGGCCACCUGAAUUGGACCGGGUUGGUUAGGCCCGUCACGCUGAGCAAGGCCGACAGACGUUGGCUUCUGGAGGACGAAAAAGAAGCGAACCGGAAGUGGGCAUCCAGCAUGGAUCGUUGUACCAAGCGAGUCCUCCUGCGCAUCCAGCAGAAGUCUGUGAGUGUGCCAGGAGAGCAGAUGUGCAGUGCCCUCUGCUGCAUUGGAGGAACAGACCGCUGCAAAGCUGCAGAAUAGAAUUUCAGUAGGAUGUAGAUUAGAGACAAACCGAUCACCUGUUGUAUUGUAGACAAACAAAGAUUACUUAUGGCUUAUUGAAAGGUUAUGUCAAGGAGGAUUUUAUUGUUUAGUCAUGAUGGCAAUAAGUAUACUUUAUAAGGCAUCAAAAGAUUUUUAAAGUAGAAUCAAAUUGGGUUUUCAAAUCAUUUCAACUUAUUUUAAAUUUUGAGCAGUGACUAGUUGCUGUAACUCAAGGGAUUUUCAAACUUUUUUGUCAACCGAACACCCUACAUUAUUUGUUUGAAGGUUUUAAGCAAAUAUUAAACUUGUAAAGGCGGUUUUAUUGUACUUAAAAGUUAAUGCUACCUACACACCAAACAUGGGGGCAUCGCGUUACUCGCUCUAGAUUACUCGCUGAAUUGAACUUCGUGUCAUGCCAAUUUUUCGCUGGAGUUGAAUAUUUUUUUUGCUUGGGUGAAGACGCGUUUGAGGCAAAUAGCGUGUGUUUUGCGGCUAACGCGCCGCCCAUAUCACGUCAUUCGAAUCGCCCCACGUGAGGACGAGUCUGAUUGCGUCUUUGCAUUGACUUUGUAUGUAAUCUACUAGCGGGAAUCGCUGAACUCGCGUUUGGUGUAAACCCACAGUAAGGCAGCAAAAAAAAUCUUAGUGUACAGUAGGUAAACCUGGAUAGCCGAUCUGCCACGGGUUGCAUCUUGAAGUUGCUUUGAAUUUUUAAGUUUUUUUUAAAUUGUAAUUUUGAUUAUGACUAAAAUAAGGUCUGUAGUUUUUGUUGUUCAAACCAUAAAUUACGGUCAAACCUUAAAUGUGAAUUUUAAAGCUGUGCUUCAUCAUUAAAUUUUUAGCAACAUAAUGUAUAAUUCAUGUUAUAGAACAAAAUAUUUCUUAAAUUAAUAUUAUCACCGACCGUGUAUUACUCCUUAAAGGUGGAGUGCGCAAUAUCUGAAAAACGCUUUGGAAAAGAAAGUCGGGCCGAUUACCAAAACACACUUGUAGCCAAUCAGCAGUAAGAGGCGUGUCUUCUAACCAACAUUGUUGCCUGGGUUGCGUAUGUGUGUGGCGGCUGUAUCAAAAGAAGGUCCAGAUUUUAUUGGGGUAGGGGCGUGUUUGUGUAGGUGAUUAUAAAUAUCAACAUUGGCUUUCAGAGAUCAUGCACCACGCCUUUAAUCUAGACUUGCUUUUAAAAAAGAACAUAGGAAAUUCCUAAGGGAACUCAUGGUGCUUCUGGGUCUUAGUAACACAAACUGAAUAUUGGUCAAAGGUUCUGUUGAGAACACAGUGCCUAGACUUAUAAAAUAUAAGCUUUGAUAUCAUUUUUUUUAUCUUAAUCUCUGGGGCAGUUAUUAAAGCUAGAAAUGUCUGCUUGGGCUCUUUCAGCUCUACCUCUUUUUUCAGUACUAUACCCUGAGAUUACUACAGUAUAGAAUCAAAAAUUCAUAAUCCUUUAUGAAAAAGUUAUUAUAUCUCAGGUUCUGUCUUUUCUCAUUCCGAGCUCUUGUCAUGUAGUCAGUGAUGUGUGUCAGAGCAAAAAGAGAAUUUGUAUUCUUUGGAACAGAUAAAAAAGAUUUAUUUUUCAUGUAUAGGAUUCUUGUUGAAUUCAGAUUAGUAAUAAACUCAGUUAUGUGAUUCUAGUUAAAUUCAGAUUAGUAAUACAAUAGUAUGAAGUUCCUUCUGCAGCUUUGCAGAGUCUGCUGUCUGCGGAUCCUCGUCGUCAUUCAUAGUGAAUGUGAACAUGACCGUGAUCUUCAUCUGUAAAUUUUUUCAUUCAUUUUGGGUUGGAAAUGGAGGCUGGGCAUGAAUACUGAAUAGUAAUUUUGUGAUCAGUUUGUGUUUAUAUUAUUUGAUUUAAUCAUUCUUUGUUUCCAAGUGCAUGUUUUUUCCCAUGGAGUAUGCAACAGCUUUUCGUACUACAGUUGAUGUCAUUGGUUUAUUUUUUUAACUGGAUGAUUCAGAAACUGCUUGAAAAAGUCAUAAGAGAAAAAUGCAUUAAGAGAUCAACAAAUUAAUUGAAUGCAUUGCAUGUAUUUGAGCAAUACAAUUUUGUUUUAUUGAUGUCAAGGUUUUUUAAGAAUCCAUCAGUUUAUUUAAAUCAUAAUAAAUAUUGUUUGAAAGAUUUUAAUUUCUGUUGAAUAGAAAAUCAGAUCAUAUUCUCAGUUUAAAAUCUGUGCUUUUCAUUAUAAUUAGCAGCAUGAAUCAUUUAACCCUUUCAUGAAUCAGUUCUCUUAAAAUCUUUUUAAAUUCACACAGAAACUCUUUU